AUAGCAUUAAAUAAAGAAGAAGAGAGAGCACGUGGAAACUUGAAUUUGUAAUUUGACAGCAUUCAGAAUAAAAUAAAGCAGAAUGGGCAAAAAGACCAAAGUGGGAAAGACAAGGAAGGAUAAAUUUUAUCAACUUGCCAAGGAAACGGGCUUUAGAUCCCGAUCCGCCUUUAAAUUGAUCCAACUAAAUCGCAAGUUCGGAUUUCUCCAACAGUCGCAAGUUUGUUUAGAUCUAUGUGCAGCUCCUGGUGGAUGGAUGCAAGUGGCCAAACAAAAUAUGCCAGUAUCCAGCAUUGUUAUUGGUGUUGACCUGUUCCCAAUACGACCCCUUACGGGUUGUAUUGGGCUAGUGGAGGAUAUUACAACGGAAAAGUGCCGUCAAUCAUUAACUAAGGAGUUGCAGUCGUGGAAGGCCGAUGUUGUCCUUCACGACGGUGCCCCAAACGUGGGUCGUAAUUGGCUUUAUGAUGCUUACCAGCAGAUCUGCUUAACUCUUAAUGCCCUUAAGUUGACUACUCAGUUUCUGCGCGGUGGAGGUUGGUUUGUGACUAAAGUUUUCCGCUCCAAGGACUACAACGCCCUUCUCUGGGUGCUUAAGCAACUAUUCAAGAAGGUACAUGCCACCAAACCAAGUGCAUCCCGUAAGGAGUCAGCCGAAAUAUUCGUGGUCUGCCAGGAAUAUCUCGCACCUGACAUUAUCGACCACCGCCUGCUCGACUGCAAGUACGUGUUCGAAGAGCUCGACAUCGAAUGCAAGCAGAAAAAUAGCCUGCUGCACCCAGAAAGGCAGAAACGCAUAAAGGCCGAGGGCUACAGUGAGCAGGAUAUAUCAUUACGAACAAAUUUAUCGGCCACAGAGUUUAUGAAAGCGGAAAACGGCCUUGCCGCCCUCCAAGGUGUAGGAUCCAUUCGUAUUGAUGACGAGCGUAUUGCGCAUCACAAGAAAACUACACCCGAGAUUCUAGAGUGCUGCAAGGAUCUUAAAGUUUUAGGUCGCAAAGACAUUAAAGGUCUUGUAUUGUGGUGGAAAGCUGUUAAAGAUAGUUUUUUUAAGACUGAAACAAUGGCGAUCAUCGAGGAGCCUAGAGCAAAGGAAACAAUACCAAAAACACUUACGCAAACAGAAAUAGAGGAUAUAGAAGAUAUUGAACUACAACAACAGAUCAGCACGUUGGCAGUCGAGGAGCAAAAAGAGCUUAAGCGGAAGCGAAAAAAAACGCUUAAAGCCAAAGCCAAACUUCACGAAAAGAUGAACCUUAAUAUGAUCAUAAAGGGAGAUGACGGGCCUGUGGAAGAAACAGAGCAUGAAAUUUUUGAUCUGAAAGUUAUUAACUCUGUUAUUGAGCUGGAUAGGAUUAUCGAUGUUAACCCCGACUUCGAUAUAGAUUUAGAGCCUAAAGAGUUUCCUACGCUGCCUAAGUACAAAAAGUAUCAUAAGGACGACAAGCAAAUGGAUGACGAUGGCAACUUUGAAAACGGCGAAGAAACAGAACUAAGUGACGAUGAGGACAGCGAUGGGAACUUUAAUGAGCGAGGUUUAGGUCUAAGCGACGAUGAUGAAGAUAUUUUUAAAGAUGGUAGAGGAAAAAAAAAGCACGAGGAACAUCCGCUCAUAAAGUCAAGUGAUUUUCGGGACAAAGACACCAAGCGACAACAACGUGUGCAGCUUUGGUACGAGAAGGACAAUCUACAAAACAUUCCAUCGGACGACGAUGAUGAAAACUAUGAUUUGAGUAAUAUGGCGAUAGAGUAUAAUUUAAAGGGUGUCUCUGUUCUGGGUAAGAGCACCCUUAGCAUGGAUAUAAAUGGACAUGUUGCCUUGGGCAAGAAGGCUAAACGGCGCGCCCGCCAUGAAACUAUGACGGGGGAGAGCAGCUCAGAGUGCUCCGACUCUGAAGAGCUUUUCAAAGAUACUGCUGCUGAAGAUAUGUCAAAAGAGUCAAAACCGAAGAAGGUACGUCUGACCGAAGAAGAGAUAGCUCUUGGUGCGUUUUUGAUUCGCGGAAAGAAAACGCAACGGGACCUUAUUGAUGCAGCCUGGAACCGUUAUGCUUUUAACGAUAAAAACCUGCCAGCUUGGUUCAUACAGGAUGAACAUGAACACAUGACUAUGCCACAACCAGUGCCUCAAGAGCUUACCGAAGAAUACCAACGCAAGGUCCAGGAGUUAAAUGUGCGCCCUAUAAAAAAAGUAAUGGAGGCAAAAGCACGAAAGAAGCGCCGUUCUACAAAGCGCUUGGCCAAAGCAAAAAAAAUGGCCGAAAAGAUAAUGGAAAACGCUGAUGCCUCAACCCAUGAGAAGGCAAAACAACUUAGAAAGGUAUAUAAGAAAGCACAAGAAAAGAAAAAGGAGAUUACAUAUGUAGUCGCUAAAAAGCACACUUCGUCUCGUCGGUCCCGUCGCCCAGCUGGUGUUAAAGGACGUUAUCGCGUCGUAGAUCCGCGAGAGAAGAAGGAUAAACGCUCUUCAGUCGCUAUGAAGCAACGCAAAAAAGGUGCUAAAAUUGGAAAGGGAAAACGAAUGAAUUAGUGUUUCCAAUUUUAAAUACACUGCAAACGCA